GUUGUACAUUGUAAAUGUUAACUUCUUUUACAAGAACACAACAAUGACGCAAGUUAGUUCAAGCAGUUGCAAACUUGUCGUUGCGGCCAUGGAUUUUGGAACUACAUACAGUGGGUAUGCAUUUUCAUUUCGUGAUGACCCAGAUCGCAUUGAGACAAAUGAAAAAUGGGUAGCAGGAUCCGCUCAGCUUAUGUCAAUGAAAUGUCCGACAACAGUGCUACUGACACCAGACAAAAAGUUUCAUUCAUUCGGAUUUGAGGCAGAAAACAAGUUUGCCGAUCUGGCAGAGGAUGACUGCCACCAUGACUGGUACCUAUUCAGGCGCUUCAAAAUGACCUUGUAUGAUUCAGCCAAAAAUUUACAAAUAGACACGCCUUUGGAGGACAUCAUGGGUAAAGCGAUGCCAGCGAUAGAUAUAUUUUCCCAUUCUAUUCGUUUUCUGAAAAAUCAUCUUUUGUCGACAUUGAACAUUAGAACAAUAGGAAUUCGAGAAAACGAAAUACAAUAUGUCAUCACAGUUCCAGCAAUAUGGAAUGAAAGAGCGAAGCAGUUCAUGAGGAGAGCUGCAAACAAGGCAGAUAUUCCAAACAAGCAGAUCACAUUUGCACUGGAACCGGAAGCAGCCUCGAUAUGGUGUCAGGUUGUUACUAAGGAGAAGCUAACUGGUCUCUCGGAACCCUCUGCUAAAUACAUGGUCGUAGACUUAGGAGGAGGAACAGCUGAUAUAACAGUUCAUCAGAAGAUGGAUGACGGAAGCCUGAAGGAACUCCAUAAGGCAAGUGGCGGAGCAUGGGGUGGCAACGAAGUAGAUAAAGCCUAUGUACAAUUGCUUACAGAACUUGUCGGAAAAGAUGCUAUGGAAAAAUUCAAAUUAGAAGCGAUGACUGAUUAUUUUGAUCUUCUGAGAGAUUUUGAAACAAAAAAGCGAACAAUAACUACUGAUACAGAUGGGAAAAUAGCAUUCAGAAUUCCUGCUGCUCUUCGUGAAUUAGCUGAAUCAGAAGGUGUAAGUGUGAAGGAGAAAAUAGCAGAAUCGAGAUUUAAGGGAAUUGUAACAUGGACUGGAGACAAAUUAAGAAUUGAAAAGACUACUACAAUACAAUUGUUCGAUAUCCCGCUGAAAAUGUUGAUAAACCAUAUAAAAGAGCUAUUUACAGAGCCAAAAGUCCAAGACGUUGGUACAGUCCUUCUUGUUGGCGGGUUUGGAGAAUGUGGACUUGUAAAAGCAGCAUUUGAGGAAUCCUUCCCAGAUAAACGAUUAAUGAUUCCACCAGAAGCAGGUUUAGCUGUUCUAAAAGGGGCUGUUAGAUUUGGUCAUCUCCCAGAAAUAGUGUCCACAAGAAUAUCAAGAUUUACGAUUGGCCGGGAAGGCUGGCCAAUUUUCGAAGCUCAUCAUGAUCCUGACAAGAAAGUUGAAGUUGGUGGAACAGAACGAUGUAAAGAUGUCUUUCAGAAGAUGGUUGAAAUUGACCAGGAAAUAACGAAGAUGCAUUCAUACGAGGAACAGACUACGCCAGUAUCUGCAGACAGUGAGGGAGUCAUGAUUAAACUGUUCAGUUCAACGAAACGGGAUGUGAAAUAUACAACAGAACUUGAUUGUCAAGAAUUGGGAAGUCUUUGUUUCAAGGUUCCAGAUUCUUCCGAAAUUGAAGACAAAAAAGUUGCCAUUUCUUAUAUUUUUGGAGAAACAGAAAUACACGUGCACGUGAGAAGUUUGAAAACAAAUGACGAGCACGAAGUUUGGAUUGAAUGUUUCUCAGAAGAGUAGUAAAUUAGUUAUUUCAGAACUUAAAUUAGGAGAAACGUUUAGAACUCCACAAAUUUAAUCAAAAUUUUGCAUUUUGUAUAUUACAAAGGCAAACUGUUAAACAGUUAAUCUACUUUCUCAUCUAUUUUACUGAUGGGCGUAAAUUUCAUGAAAUAUAUACAGUUUUGAAAAUUUAUUCAAUGUUUAGUAAAUCAAUGUCUGGCUGAAGUAAAUGUGUAAAUGAAGCGUUCCAGUUCGCUUAAUAAACAUAUACCUUAUUACUUUAUUUAUACGGCCAUUCUGUCAAUUUCAAAAUACAUAUUGCAAACCAUUUAUACAGCCAAUAACUAGUAGAUGCUUUUACGUCGGUAGCGUUUUGGUAAUGAAUAUAAUAUAUUUUACUUCAAAGACCAAAACUUGUAAUAUAGGCUCUUUGGUAAAAGCUUCCAUGCGUAUUUGACCUUUCAAAAUGUCACUUUUCAAAAAAGCAUCCAUUAUUAAGAUACAUAUUAACAAUUCUACUGACAGCAAAAAAAGUCAAAGUUGGUUGAAAUAAUAUUGUAUCCAAAUUAAGAGUAGGUUAUGCUAUUUUAGCAACUAAACUUGUCUAAACAUGCAUGACAGAACAACAAUAUCAAAAUGUGUUGAUCCACGUUACAUGAGCAAAUGGCAAAAAUAUCAUUGUGAUUUUUUAUAUUCUCUUAGUAAAAAUCUUUCGAUAUAGUCCCCCAUACAACUUUAACUAGGAGGUAUGCUAACACUUUAGAAUAAUAAUAAUAAUAAUAAUAAUAAUAAUAAUAAUUUAUAGCAAUUUUAGAAUAUUGAGAUGAUAAGCACGUUGUCGCUUUAGUUUAGUGUAAAUAUGCUGAAAUAGCUGAGAAUACUGUUCUAAGACAUGUUUGUGUCUACAUUUUUUAUUGGUGGAUUGAUUUCCAUACCUUUCUCGUUUGUUAUUUCUAUAAAAUGUAAAUGUAUUAAACGUCAAGAAAAAGAUGGCCGAAAUAUAGGGUCGUACAUGUAGAUGUCCGUCGCAUUAUCGACUUCUUGUACGACAAAAAAUGUUCAACGUCCACAAAAAGGCAAAACGCAUAAAUUAGUAAAUGAAGUUUGUUUUGUU